GCAGGAUGUCGUCAGCGGAGGCUGACGACAGCCCCGCCGAGUCUUCGGACGGGGCCGGCGAGCCGGCCACGCCCACCAACCGCUCGUCGGCGGGCAGCUUCUUGCGCGUGGUGCCCAAGCGACGGUCGCUCAUCCUCCGCCAGUGGAUCGGCUCAAAUGGAAACCGCUCGCCAACAGGGCUGCACAACGCGGUCAGCCUCAAGGAGUGCCUACCGCCGUGCUAUCACACGGCCAAGAACAUCGGCAAGACCAUCAAGGAGCAGAAGCGCAAGCUGUUUCACUCACCGCUAUACGAAAGCGAGAUCCACCUGAAGCGACUGUACAUUCAGACAUGCAAGCGGCUGCCCUCAUUCGGCUGCCAUGUGUUCCAAGUGAAAGAGCUGCUCCGAGGCAAGACAAAGAAGCGGGCGCACCGCGUCCUGGGCAUCGGCAUCGAGCACGUGGUUCUGCUGGACAGCAAGACGCUGGUGCUGGCCAAGUCUCAGCACACCAGCGAGCUGCAGCAGUGGCGCGCCGGCGGAGGUCGCUCGCACGACCGACUGGUGCUCGAGUUCCGCGGCACCAAGUGGUCCUUCGUGGCGGCCCAGUCGCUGCGCUCCAUCGGCUCGGUGCUCUGGGAGAUCAUGCAGGACCUGGACGCACGCUUCCUGGAUGAGCAUCUCAUCACCACGCGUGAAGAGCUCGACAAAGAAAGCCACCGCAACAUGGUUUCGGUGCACGGUCUGGAGCGAGCCACCAUCUACAAGGAAGAGCUGGAAAGGCUGCAAGGCCUGCUGCAUUUUCCCGAAGAGGUGGCUGUGCGGCUUACCGAUGUCGAGUACGAGCUCUUCUACAGUGUCAACCCAGUCCACUACAUUCGCCAGGUGACCGUCGACCUCAGCGGAAAGGCGGCCACCUUCAGCCCGGGCGACAAAGACCGGACUGUGCAGACACUGAUCAAGCGCUUCAAUGAAGUGAGUUCGUGGGUGACGCACAUUAUCAUAUCGCAACCGACGCACGAAGACCGCAAGGCUGUCCUGUCGUGUAUUUUGCGAAUUGCAAUGUGCUGUUGGAACAUCGGAAAUUUCAACACGGCGAUGGAAGUUCUGGCUGGACUAAAGUCCGAGAAGCUGAAGCCCUUCUGGCUGUCGCUGUCCGACAAGGACCAGCUUCCGGUGCUGGAGUUUCUCAGUCAGGCUUUGCUGAAUCCGGAGCCUUCGGAAGAGUACCGGGCUGCCGUGGAGAGGGCGCUCAACAUCCCACACUCCAAGGUCAUUCCCUUCUUCGGCACUUUCCUUCGAGACCUGCGCGCCAUUCUCCAAGGCAUGCCUAGCCUCGUCGUGUUGCCUUCCGAAAAAGCCAAGAAAAUCGAGUUUGUGUCCGAUUUUCAUGGUGAAGAUCAUUUCAUGACUCGUAUCGGAGUCGGGGGAAUCAUUAAUGUGGAGAAGGUUCACCAGGCACAUCGUGUUUUAGACGACAUCAAAGCAUUUCAUCAUCACUACAAGUGCAGGGAACAAGCCCUCGCUCAGGUCGCCAUAAACAGCAAAGAAGUCAGGCGAGAGGAGACCAACUGCAAGGAGGACGACAGCCUGUACCGGCAAGACCCGGAAGCGUACAUUCCGAUACAGGAGUUGGCCAACGACCACCACAUCAGCAUGGUUCCGCUCACUGUAGACCGAGUGGACUUCCACCAGCUGCAGAUCCUGCACCACGGCUGCACCAUGGUUCACUGGGAGGAAGACGGCUCACGUUCCUCGCUCUGCUACGUGCGCCUCGAGCGCAGCAAUGCCACCAUCACGUGGUGCAAGCCAGCAUGGAGUGCGCUCCGGGGCUCCGGACCCCAGGACUAUGCACUUAGCGUCAACAUCGAGGAGAAUGUGCCGGUCGGGUUAAGCCAGAAGUAUGACACGGGCGAGUCCUACCUGGCCGGCCUCGAAGAGGGCUUCCUGGACAUCAACAUUGUCAAGGAGAUAGUGCUGUGCCGCAGCUCAAUCGAGGUUGCGGCCGUGGCGAAACGGCACGGCCUUGAAGACUCGUUCAGCGACCAGAACCUGUUGCGGUUCAAAUUCGGUGUUGGCCUGUCUGAGAACCGUGUGCUGGAGUUCAUCCUGCCAAACUUCCUAUCGGUCAUUUGGUACGACAGCCUUCGCCGGCUGGUGUCCAUGCUGAAGCAGCAGCGCCAGCUCUGCGACGCACGAAUCCACUGGCUCAAGGAGAGCUACCUCCAGCUGUACUUCCGUGAGCAGUGCUGCAUCGGCCCGACUCCUGCGGAGGCGAUCAAGGUUUUCGGUGGGAGAAAGUGGACACUGAAUUCCCUGGGAAGCAGUUCUUCAGUCGAGUCUACAUCCUCGGCUUUCAAGAGGGCUUCAAGUUUUGGAAUGAGCACGACUAAACUGCGAAAAAAGAAGUCUUCUACAUCACUAGCAACCGUUCGGGACGUGGGUCCGAGAUAUUUACCAGAGGUAGACGACGGCGGUGGUGGUCCUACGAGAAAGAGUCCGGCUAUCAAGAAGCGCCGCGCCACUGUGAAGUCGUCGCCGCACCUUCGUUCUCAGGAGUCGAGUCCGCAGAGGACAAGCGUGUCGCGAAGUUCCUCGUCCUGCGAGUACCUCAACCGCACCGAAGGAGGGAUUCCCCUCAUCCAACCGACUCCCCUUGCCAAGGGAUACAAGGAAAGGUCGUGCCAAGUGACGCCGAGUACUUCGAAAGUCUCGUCUCUCCUGAGCCGCCCGACCAUCACUCACUCCAGCCAGAUGAACUUCCUCGAGUUUGCAGAGCUGUUUCGCUCCUUUAUGGUGCGCUGUCGCAAGGACCUGAAGGACAUCUUUGAAAGCGUAGCCACCAACUCCAAAGUAACGGCCAGCGAACUUGCUGCUGAGGAAAUGGCCUCACCAAAAUCACGUAGGACAAGACCAAAAGUGCUCGGGCUGCUGACACGAACUAGCAAGUACGAGUAUGUGGACCCUGAACAGAAAAAGAUUUGUGAUGCGAUUGCCACCGCCAGCAUUGUGUCCAACUGCGCCGGGGUUGACAGCUCAAAAAGGCUCGUCUUGGAGUGUGCCGAUUUCAAGAAGUUCUUGGCGACUCGUCAGAAGGAAGAAUUGGCUGAGAAAGAGGUUAUCAGACUUAUUCAGCGACAUGAGCCUGAUAAUGUCCUCAGAGAAAAGAACCUUCUGUCUUUCGAAGGCUUUGCAAGAUAUCUGCUGGACAAAGACAACUACGCCUUUGUGCCAGAAAUAAUCCCGCCUGGUGCGAACACGAACAUGGACAAGCCCCUUUCUCACUACUACAUCGCUUCGUCUCACAACACCUACUUGACCGGCCACCAGCUCAAAGGAGAGUCAUCCGUGGAGCUGUACAGCGAGGUACUACUACGAGGUUGCCGAUGCGUAGAGCUAGACUGCUGGGACGGUGACGAUGGAAUACCUGUCAUCUAUCAUGGCCACACUCUUACUUCGAAAAUUCCAUUUAAGAGCGUUGUGGAGGCGAUUCACAAGAGCUCGUUCGCCACUUCACCUUUUCCUAUCAUUUUGUCCAUCGAGAACCACUGCUCCCUUCCGCAGCAGGCCAAGAUGGCCCAGAUUUUUACGAACGUGUUCGGGGACAGACUUCAAACACAGUUUCUAUUUUCAAACGACGUCUGCGAUGAGGCCCGCCUGCCGUCACCGAACCAGCUGCGUUACAAGGUGCUCAUAAAGAACAAGAAACUCCGGCCGCCACUGACGCCAGCGCUGCCCCUCAGGACCACGAAGGGGGUCCCACAAGGAAAGAUUGCGCCCGGCCGGACGAACAGCAUCAUCUCUACGGCGAGCAUAGGGUCUCUCAAUGACGAGGAUGAAGAAGAUUUUGAGGACUACGAUGAAGAGGAUGAUAAUUUAGAAGAGUCCUUAUCGAGCCAGGAGGGCUCGUGCAAGGAAGCGCACGCCACGCGUCACCCGGGCACGCUGAGCCCCGGCGCGGCGCACCCUCGGUCGCGCAACCCGGCCGACGCCGAACACAUCCACAGCGACGAUGACGGCUACAAGCAGCGAAAGUCCAGCUCCCAGAUAGCGCCCGAGCUCUCCGACCUGGUCACCUACUGCCAGGCCAUCAAGUUCAGAGGUUUUGUCACCUGCCCGUCGCCGACUAACUCCGUGAAAGUGAAGAAAGUGAGCAGCAAAAAGAACGUGCUCGCUUCGGCCGGAUCGCCGCUGGGCGCCAACACGCCUCUGCAAACAUCAGAGCCCAAGUACGACACCCCGACGGCAUCCACUGCUUCGGUGUCUACAUCGGCUUCCUCGUCGACAAAACGCCACUGCUCCAAUUCAGUGUGCUUCCAGGUGUCUUCCAUGAACGAAAGUGCUGCCAAACGACUCUGCAAGCGCCAUCCGCUCGCCCUUAUCACGCAUUGCGAGAACCAACUGAUGCGCACAUAUCCUGCCGGAAUGAGAAUAGACUCGUCCAACUUCAACCCAGUGACGUUCUGGGCUUUUGGACUGCAGAUGGUUGCGCUCAAUUAUCAGACUGAAGACACCGGCCUGCACAUCAACACUGCCAUGUUCGAGCAGAACGGCAGUUGCGGCUACGUUCUCAAGCCCAGCGCCAUGUGGGACAAGAACAACAUCAUGCACGGCCAGUACAAUCCGUGGGACAAGGAAUUCGACGGCAUUCAUCCUCUAAACCUUCAUAUCACUGUGAUCUCCGGCCAAUACGUGUGUCAGAACACGUACGCCUGCAGCCCCCAGGUUGAGGUCGAAGUGGUUGGCGUGCCGCUCGACUGCAAUCGCCUUAAAACCAAGAUUGUGCAACGCAACUCGCUCAAUCCCAUCUGGCAAGACAGUUUCUGCUUCCGGAUCGCCUUUGCAGAAUUGGCAUUCUUGCGCUUUUCUGUUAUCGACGUGAUGACGAAUCACAUCCUCUCUCAACGAGUGAUCCCCGUCAAAAGCCUGAAGCAAGGUUACAGGCACGUACGCUUGCGUAGCCCUCAGAACCAGCCGCUUCCUCUGUCAUCACUGUUCGUCUACUCCGAGUUCGAGGAUGAAGGGCUGGAAGUCGUCCACCAGAACGGAGACCUGCUUGAAGGUGCCGUCCCCAAGAAGGCCAAGGGAAGGACCAAGGAAAUCUCUUCGACCGACAGCAUUCGCUGCGACGGCAGAGAUAACCUGGUCGCCGGAGCUCAGGGUCUGAAGCGUCGAAUGUUUUUCCUUGUGGUACACGGAGUCAUGCCGGAUGAACCAAAAACGAUACUGAAGGUAACGGAGGACACCACAUCGCGAGAAGUUAUUGCUCAAGCGCUUCAAAAGGCCAACAAGCCGAACGACAGUCUCGAUGACUAUGUCCUCAUGGAGGAGGCGCAGCCGGGUUGGGGCCGAGUUACCCAGGAAAAGAGUACCACGCAGAGGAUCCUAGACCCGGACGAAUGUCCGCUGGCAUCGCAGCCUGCCGGUUCCAGCCCGGAUAGCCGUUUCAUACUGAAAAAACUGGCCGACGACCCGAGCACACGGGCGUGGAUGACGACCAUCAAAUCUUCGAGCAACAAGGAGCACGGGAACGCGGGCUUCAUCGGGUGGUGUGAUGGCGAGCCGGCCUACUUGGUCUGCGUGUACAACGUCUCCGCCGACCAGCCGUAUGCAAUUCUGAAAGCUCCUAUAAGCAGCACUGCUCAGGAUAUUAUUGCUCAGGCUCUGACGAAGGCCCGACGCACGGAGGACCCGAACAACUUUGUGCUCGUGGAACAGGUGGAGUACCCGUCUCCAUUAACCGAAAGCGUGCCGACGGUCGGCUCUUCGGUGCGGCGCCGGGGCCCCUGCCGCGGUCUACGCACCCUGAUGGACGACGAGAACGUCUACCUGGUGCAGUCCCAGUGGAAGGGCCGCGGAUGGUUUGAACUGAGAGAGCGAAAUGAGGGCUUGAGCGAACGGCGAAAGAUGAGCGCCCCUAAAUGCUCCAGCUUUUAUCGCCUCAGUCGUCUACGCAGCUCAAUCAAAUCCAAAGAGCGUGACAAGUCGUGCCCGUCGCCGAAGCAGUCGCCAGUGCGCUCGGCAGCGGCGGACGCCGGAGCGUCUUCUUGCGAGCCGUGCACGAGUCGCGAGCCCCGCCAGGUGCACAGCGAGGGCGAGACGCUGUCCGACGACGACGCGCCGCCAGCCGCCAUGGCGGCGCGCCUGCGAAAGAUCUCCUUCCGGAAACUCAAGGUGUGGCGCUGACCCGCCGGUCAUUUGCAGCCGCGGGCUGGCAGCCACCGCCAGCCCCUCCACCACGUGGGUGUUCAACGGCCUUCAUCGGGUGCGCGGGCCACGGCCGGACAAUCUAGUCCACCACGACUGAAGCUCGCCGGCUCUUGGUGCUCCUCCGGCCACUGCGCACACACACUAGUCAUAUGGGGGCCCCACCAACGCCCUGUUGUUCGCUGCGCGCCUCUGGUCACUCGCGCGCGUCACUUGUUGCUUGAGAGUCGCGUGCACACAUCCGCGAGCCUAUCUAUAUAAAUACAUAUUAUUGUAUGUA